AUGAACUUGGUGGCCCACUCAAAAGCCAGUCCACUGCUGCGGGGGAGUGAAGGAAAAAGCCCACUCAAAAGCAUAGCUGCUGCAGACAGGAAGAAACCAACGCUCAUCUCCGCGCGCCUCCGUCCCCAAAUCGACGCCAAUGAGGAUGGCGCCGGGGUGCCCAGCCACCGCCGCAGCAGUAAGCGCCGGAGCACCCAGAUCCAGGCCAGAGAGGGGCCCGACCGAGUCACCCGCGGCGGCAAGCGUCUCCGUCCCCAGAUCCAGGCCAGCGAGGAGGGCAACGGCACCUCGCCGGAGACGCCUGCCUCCCUGCCGGACAGCCAAGAUAUGCUCCGGGAGAUCCUCCUCCGCCUCCCCCUGGACCUAUACUCGCUCCCCCGCGCCUCCGCCGUCAGCAAGCAGUGGCGGGGCAUCCUCGUCGACCCCAAGUUCCUCCGCCGGUUCUAUGCGCACCACCGCAAGCCGCCCCUCCUCAGCUUCUUCCAGCGCGGCAGGCAACAGGUCAUGUUCACGCCCGUCCUCGCACCUCCGGACCGCAUCCCCCCUGGGCGCUUCUCCCUUGGACGCUACAGUGAACACAAGGUGCUCGAUUGCCGCCACGGCCGCGUCCUCGUCAAAGACCGGGUUCUGGAAGAGCUCGUUGUGUGUGAUCCUAUCAACCACAAGCAGCACCGCGUGUCCAUUCCGCCCGAGUUCAACAGAGCCUACCUCAAGGCGGCAGUGGUCUGCGCUGCCAGAGACCAGAACCAUGUACACGGCGCGUGCCAUUCAAGCCCCUUCAAGCUGGUCUUCGUAUACAUUCACUACAUGCAGUAUUAUCGACAACUCGUCGCCCGAGUUUACUCGUCCGAUACUGACACAUGGGGCAAUUCCAUCUCGACAGAGGCUUCAGAUGGCACUCUAUUUGGUCACAGAACUAGCACCCUUGUAGGUAAUUCCCUGUACUGGCCGGCUAAGCAUAAGGGAAACGACAUAGUUGAGUUUGAUUUGCGCAAGCAGAACCUUACCGUGAUCAAGGGGCCUCGUGGUAUGAAUAUGAAUGAUUUCGACAACUUCCAUAUCAUUGAGGAACAGGAUGGCGCUUUUGGUCUUGCCGCCUUGUCCCACCUUAAGCUUCAAAUGUGGCAGAGGAAGGUUGAUUGUCGAGGUGUUGUCAUAUGGUCGUUGCGGAAAACCGUUUCACUGCGUGAACUUCUUAAGAUCCCUAGGACCGUGAGAUGGAAUGAAUGGCUCAAAUUGGUGGGGUAUGAUGAGGAUACCGGUGUAAUCUUUUUAGCUUGGCAUGAUGUUGUAUGUAUGGUUCAGCUGAAGUCAAUGCAAGCGAGGAAGCUUCAUGGAACCGGUUCUACAUAUUACUGCUAUACUUUCGCGAGUUCACAUCCACUAGGCACAACCAUUGAAGGUGGAGCUAAUGGAGCUGAAAUGUUAGGAUGACUCUGGUUUGAUGUGCUAAUGUGCUGAAACGUUUCAACAGGUGAAGAAAGGGCUGCUGCAGUUGUUAGUUGUCACCGAGUUUGUCGCAUCGCAAACCCUCGUGGUCGGUGGUGUUUAUAUGUUAUUAUCUGCAAAAAAUUAUCAUGCCUUAUCUUAGCCAAGUAUGUAAUGUAGCAAGAUGGUUUGAUUACAUAAUCCGUGGAAUUUUAGCUUAA